UCCCGGCGGGUCGCAGUCGCAGCUGCGCAGCUGCCACGGUGACUGCUCGCGCUGCGGAGUGACCGGACCAACGGGAACAGACUCGCUAGCUAACGGGGGCUCGGUCGGCUCACGAGCAGACCGGCAGCACUGGACUCUCGACGCGAGCCAAAAGGAAAAGGCGAGCCGCGGUUGACCGGAGAGCGGUUCCGGUUCAGUGAGCUCGCGCGAGGUGCAGCUAAUGCGGAAGGAUCCCUCAGUGUGAAAGGUUAGCCCGACGCAGCGGACUUAAGGCUCGUUCACACGCACAGGAUGUCUCAACGCCUGAGAAACACCGAGCUCUGCGCGGACUGCAACGUUCCAGAACCCCGCUGGGCCUCCGUGAGCAGAGGGGUUCUGGUGUGUGACGAGUGCUGCAGCGUCCACCGGAGUCUGGGCCGACACAGCUCUCAGGUCCGCCACCUGACGCUCACGCCGUGGCCUCCCACGCAGCUGCAGAUGGUUCAGACUUUAUACAGCAAUGGUGCAAAUUCCAUCUGGGAGCACUCUCUCCUGGACCCGGCGUCUGUGCUGAGUGGGAAACGCAAGGCCGGCCCUCAGGACAAGCUGCAGUGUCCCAAAAGUCCAAACAAAUCAGAGUUCAUAAAAGCCAAAUAUCAAAUGCUGGCGUUUGUGCACCGCAUGCCUUGCCGGGAGGACGACAGCUCGACAGCCAAGGACUUGAGCCAGCAACUUCACUCGAGCGUCCGCACCGGGAACCUGGAGACUUGUCUGCGGUUGCUGUCCCUGGGAGCUCAAGCUAACUUCUUUCACCCGGAGAAAGGGAACACGCCCCUGCACGUGGCUGCCAGAGCAGGACAAGCGUCUCAGGCCGAACUGCUGGCGGUCUACGGAGCCGACCCCGGAGCCCCGGACAGCAACGGGAAAACUCCCCCUGACUAUGCGAGGGAAGCCGGCCACCAUGAGCUGGCGGCCCGGUUGGUGGAAAUCCAGUUUGAACUCACUGACCGGCUGGCCUUCUACCUGUGUGGGAGGAAGCCAGAUCAUAAAAGCAGCCAGCACUUCAUUGUUCCACAAAUGGCUGACAGCAGUUUAGAUGUGUCAGAACUGGCCAAGGCAGCAAAGAAGAAGCUGCAGUCUCUCAGCAAUCACCUGUUUGAGGAGCUGGCCAUGGACGUGUACGACGAGGUGGACAGACGAGAGACGGAUGCAGUGUGGCUGGCGACACAGAACCACAGCUCUCUGGAGACGGAGGCCCCGGUGGUGCCCUUCCUCCCUGUGAAUCCAGAGUACUCGUCCACACGGAACCAGGGAAGACAGAAGCUGGCGAGAUUUAAUGCACAUGAAUUUGCAACUCUUGUGAUCGACAUAUUAAGCGAUGCAAAGCGCAGACAACAAGGGAGUUCAAGAGCCAGUCCCAAAGACGACGUGGAGGUCAUCCUGAAGAGCGUGGCGGUCCGGCAUCGCAGGGACAGCCAGGAGAACGACCAGCCCGACUACGACAGCGUGGCGUCGGACGAGGACGCGGACCACGAGCUCCCCUCCAGUCCAGGAGACGGGACGAAGAGACUGGACUCUGACCUCUCCGACGGAGGCGUCACUAUGCACGAAUACAUCGAGGUGAAAACCGCGCUCUCUGCCUCUGAAGCCAAGAUCCAACACCUCAUGAAAGCCAACAACCACCUGAGCGAUGAGCUGAGGCUGAUGCAGAAAAAGCUGCUCGCUCUGCAGAGCCAGAACUCGUCUCUCAGGCGGCGCGGCCCGGCCGAUAUCCAUCGGACCCCCGGCGGCUCGGACCACCCCGACCCCUCCGGCCCCUCGGCCCUGAAACGCCGGCAGUCUGCCAGCCGGCCCGUGUCCAUGUAUGAGACGGGCCUGAAGCCCUACCUCCUUAAAGGGGAGGCGCUCUGCCCAGAGGAGGCUCUCCCCGCCCUGCACCCCCGCCCUGCUCAUGCCUCACAGUCACAGAAGCAGAGCAGCAUGCCGGAAAGUGACUAUGACAACACAUUCAAUGAAUCUGAGAUGGAAGAUUCGGGUGUGUGCAGGAGAGGGAGGCUGAGGAGCAGCGCCUGGCUGGGGGAGGGCAGCUCCAUCCCCGAGCUGGAGGAUCUGGAGAUGGAGUCGGACUCCACGCUGCCCAGCACAGAGGACGUCAUCCGCACAACGGAGCAGAUCACCAAGAACAUCCAGGAGCUGCUGCGAGCCGCUCAGGACAACAAACACGACAGGCCGUGUGAGCGUGAAGGCGUACGCCGGCUCAGGCACAGCCUGGGAUGUUUCAGCACCCUGGUGCCCUGGGCCGAGAAGGCCCCCCCUCCCCUCCAGCUGCUCAGCCUGCCGUCCCCUGACUCCGCCUCCUGCUUUAUACCCUGUUCAGAAAGAAUACAUGUGGCUGUAACGGAAAUGGCUGAGCUCUUCCCCAAGGUAUGGGAACAAAAGCUGCGCUCAGAGACUGUGCGAGGCUCCCUGCGCUUGUUGACCUCCAGCGCGUCCCGGCUUCAGAGCGAGUGCAGGAAGGCGUUGCCGUGCGAGGGCAGCCCGUCCCCGGACAUGCAGCUGGUCACCCAGCAGGUUAUCCAGUGUGCUUAUGACAUCGCCAAGGCCGCCAAGCAGCUCGUCACCAUCACCACAAAGGAGAACACCAACUGACAGCAGGGGCUGCUUCUCAGUUGUUUUUAAAUAUGUUUUGUAAUGAUUUUUGGGGUAUUAGCAGUGCAUGCAUGCAUCUUUUUUUAAAUAUAUGAAUAAAUAUUUAAAGCCA